CAGCACAGCAACACGACAUGCCUCUCGCUCCCCACGCUUCAAGCAGCACAGCAACACGACAUGCCUCUCGCUCCCCACGCUUCAAGCAGCACAGCAACACGACAUGCCUCUCGCUCCCCACGCUUCAAGCAGCACAGCAACACGACAUGCCUCUCGCUCCCCACGCUUCAAGCAGCACAGCAACACGACAUGCCUCUCGCUCCCCACGCUUCAAGCAGCACAGCAACACGACAUGCCUCUCGCUCCCCACGCUUCAAGCAGCACAGCAACACGACAUGCCUCUCGCUCCCCACGCUUCAAGCAGCACAGCAACACGACAUGCCUCUCGCUCCCCACGCUUCAAGCAGCACAGCAACACGACAUGCCUCUCGCUCCCCACGCUUCAAGCAGCACAGCAACACGACAUGCCUCUCGCUCCCCACGCUUCAAGCAGCACAGCAACACGACAUGCCUCUCGCUCCCCACGCUUCAAGCAGCACAGCAACACGACAUGCCUCUCGCUCCCCACGCUUCAAGCAGCACAGCAACACGACAUGCCUCUCGCUCCCCACGCUUCAAGCAGCACAGCAACACGACAUGCCUCUCGCUCCCCACGCUUCAAGCAGCACAGCAACACGACAUGCCUCUCGCUCCCCACGCUUCAAGCAGCACAGCAACACGACAUGCCUCUCGCUCCCCACGCUUCAAGCAGCACAGCAACACGACAUGCCUCUCGCUCCCCACGCUUCAAGCAGCACAGCAACACGACAUGCCUCUCGCUCCCCACGCUUCAAGCAGCACAGCAACACGACAUGCCUCUCGCUCCCCACGCUUCAAGCAGCACAGCAACACGACAUGCCUCUCGCUCCCCACGCUUCAAGCAGCACAGCAACACGACAUGCCUCUCGCUCCCCACGCUUCAAGCAGCACAGCAACACGACAUGCCUCUCGCUCCCCACGCUUCAAGCAGCACAGCAACACGACAUGCCUCUCGCUCCCCACGCUUCAAGCAGCACAGCAACACGACAUGCCUCUCGCUCCCCACGCUUCAAGCAGCACAGCAACACGACAUGCCUCUCGCUCCCCACGCUUCAAGCAGCACAGCAACACGACAUGCCUCUCGCUCCCCACGCUUCAAGCAGCACAGCAACACGACAUGCCUCUCGCUCCCCACGCUUCAAGCAGCACAGCAACACGACAUGCCUCUCGCUCCCCACGCUUCAAGCAGCACAGCAACACGACAUGCCUCUCGCUCCCCACGCUUCAAGCAGCACAGCAACACGACAUGCCUCUCGCUCCCCACGCUUCAAGCAGCACAGCAACACGACAUGCCUCUCGCUCCCCACGCUUCAAGCAGCACAGCAACACGACAUGCCUCUCGCUCCCCACGCUUCAAGCAGCACAGCAACACGACAUGCCUCUCGCUCCCCACGCUUCAAGCAGCACAGCAACACGACAUGCCUCUCGCUCCCCACGCUUCAAGCAGCACAGCAACACGACAUGCCUCUCGCUCCCCACGCUUCAAGCAGCACAGCAACACGACAUGCCUCUCGCUCCCCACGCUUCAAGCAGCACAGCAACACGACAUGCCUCUCGCUCCCCACGCUUCAAGCAGCACAGCAACACGACAUGCCUCUCGCUCCCCACGCUUCAAGCAGCACAGCAACACGACAUGCCUCUCGCUCCCCACGCUUCAAGCAGCACAGCAACACGACAUGCCUCUCGCUCCCCACGCUUCAAGCAGCACAGCAACACGACAUGCCUCUCGCUCCCCACGCUUCAAGCAGCACAGCAACACGACAUGCCUCUCGCUCCCCACGCUUCAAGCAGCACAGCAACACGACAUGCCUCUCGCUCCCCACGCUUCAAGCAGCACAGCAACACGACAUGCCUCUCGCUCCCCACGCUUCAAGCAGCACAGCAACACGACAUGCCUCUCGCUCCCCACGCUUCAAGCAGCACAGCAACACGACAUGCCUCUCGCUCCCCACGCUUCAAGCAGCACAGCAACACGACAUGCCUCUCGCUCCCCACGCUUCAAGCAGCACAGCAACACGACAUGCCUCUCGCUCCCCACGCUUCAAGCAGCACAGCAACACGACAUGCCUCUCGCUCCCCACGCUUCAAGCAGCACAGCAACACGACAUGCCUCUCGCUCCCCACGCUUCAAGCAGCACAGCAACACGACAUGCCUCUCGCUCCCCACGCUUCAAGCAGCACAGCAACACGACAUGCCUCUCGCUCCCCACGCUUCAAGCAGCACAGCAACACGACAUGCCUCUCGCUCCCCACGCUUCAAGCAGCACAGCAACACGACAUGCCUCUCGCUCCCCACGCUUCAAGCAGCACAGCAACACGACAUGCCUCUCGCUCCCCACGCUUCAAGCAGCACAGCAACACGACAUGCCUCUCGCUCCCCACGCUUCAAGCAGCACAGCAACACGACAUGCCUCUCGCUCCCCACGCUUCAAGCAGCACAGCAACACGACAUGCCUCUCGCUCCCCACGCUUCAAGCAGCACAGCAACACGACAUGCCUCUCGCUCCCCACGCUUCAAGCAGCACAGCAACACGACAUGCCUCUCGCUCCCCACGCUUCAAGCAGCACAGCAACACGACAUGCCUCUCGCUCCCCACGCUUCAAGCAGCACAGCAACACGACAUGCCUCUCGCUCCCCACGCUUCAAGCAGCACAGCAACACGACAUGCCUCUCGCUCCCCACGCUUCAAGCAGCACAGCAACACGACAUGCCUCUCGCUCCCCACGCUUCAAGCAGCACAGCAACACGACAUGCCUCUCGCUCCCCACGCUUCAAGCAGCACAGCAACACGACAUGCCUCUCGCUCCCCACGCUUCAAGCAGCACAGCAACACGACAUGCCUCUCGCUCCCCACGCUUCAAGCAGCACAGCAACACGACAUGCCUCUCGCUCCCCACGCUUCAAGCAGCACAGCAACACGACAUGCCUCUCGCUCCCCACGCUUCAAGCAGCACAGCAACACGACAUGCCUCUCGCUCCCCACGCUUCAAGCAGCACAGCAACACGACAUGCCUCUCGCUCCCCACGCUUCAAGCAGCACAGCAACACGACAUGCCUCUCGCUCCCCACGCUUCAAGCAGCACAGCAACACGACAUGCCUCUCGCUCCCCACGCUUCAAGCAGCACAGCAACACGACAUGCCUCUCGCUCCCCACGCUUCAAGCAGCACAGCAACACGACAUGCCUCUCGCUCCCCACGCUUCAAGCAGCACAGCAACACGACAUGCCUCUCGCUCCCCACGCUUCAAGCAGCACAGCAACACGACAUGCCUCUCGCUCCCCACGCUUCAAGCAGCACAGCAACACGACAUGCCUCUCGCUCCCCACGCUUCAAGCAGCACAGCAACACGACAUGCCUCUCGCUCCCCACGCUUCAAGCAGCACAGCAACACGACAUGCCUCUCGCUCCCCACGCUUCAAGCAGCACAGCAACACGACAUGCCUCUCGCUCCCCACGCUUCAAGCAGCACAGCAACACGACAUGCCUCUCGCUCCCCACGCUUCAAGCAGCACAGCAACACGACAUGCCUCUCGCUCCCCACGCUUCAAGCAGCACAGCAACACGACAUGCCUCUCGCUCCCCACGCUUCAAGCAGCACAGCAACACGACAUGCCUCUCGCUCCCCACGCUUCAAGCAGCACAGCAACACGACAUGCCUCUCGCUCCCCACGCUUCAAGCAGCACAGCAACACGACAUGCCUCUCGCUCCCCACGCUUCAAGCAGCACAGCAACACGACAUGCCUCUCGCUCCCCACGCUUCAAGCAGCACAGCAACACGACAUGCCUCUCGCUCCCCACGCUUCAAGCAGCACAGCAACACGACAUGCCUCUCGCUCCCCACGCUUCAAGCAGCACAGCAACACGACAUGCCUCUCGCUCCCCACGCUUCAAGCAGCACAGCAACACGACAUGCCUCUCGCUCCCCACGCUUCAAGCAGCACAGCAACACGACAUGCCUCUCGCUCCCCACGCUUCAAGCAGCACAGCAACACGACAUGCCUCUCGCUCCCCACGCUUCAAGCAGCACAGCAACACGACAUGCCUCUCGCUCCCCACGCUUCAAGCAGCACAGCAACACGACAUGCCUCUCGCUCCCCACGCUUCAAGCAGCACAGCAACACGACAUGCCUCUCGCUCCCCACGCUUCAAGCAGCACAGCAACACGACAUGCCUCUCGCUCCCCACGCUUCAAGCAGCACAGCAACACGACAUGCCUCUCGCUCCCCACGCUUCAAGCAGCACAGCAACACGACAUGCCUCUCGCUCCCCACGCUUCAAGCAGCACAGCAACACGACAUGCCUCUCGCUCCCCACGCUUCAAGCAGCACAGCAACACGACAUGCCUCUCGCUCCCCACGCUUCAAGCAGCACAGCAACACGACAUGCCUCUCGCUCCCCACGCUUCAAGCAGCACAGCAACACGACAUGCCUCUCGCUCCCCACGCUUCAAGCAGCACAGCAACACGACAUGCCUCUCGCUCCCCACGCUUCAAGCAGCACAGCAACACGACAUGCCUCUCGCUCCCCACGCUUCAAGCAGCACAGCAACACGACAUGCCUCUCGCUCCCCACGCUUCAAGCAGCACAGCAACACGACAUGCCUCUCGCUCCCCACGCUUCAAGCAGCACAGCAACACGACAUGCCUCUCGCUCCCCACGCUUCAAGCAGCACAGCAACACGACAUGCCUCUCGCUCCCCACGCUUCAAGCAGCACAGCAACACGACAUGCCUCUCGCUCCCCACGCUUCAAGCAGCACAGCAACACGACAUGCCUCUCGCUCCCCACGCUUCAAGCAGCACAGCAACACGACAUGCCUCUCGCUCCCCACGCUUCAAGCAGCACAGCAACACGACAUGCCUCUCGCUCCCCACGCUUCAAGCAGCACAGCAACACGACAUGCCUCUCGCUCCCCACGCUUCAAGCAGCACAGCAACACGACAUGCCUCUCGCUCCCCACGCUUCAAGCAGCACAGCAACACGACAUGCCUCUCGCUCCCCACGCUUCAAGCAGCACAGCAACACGACAUGCCUCUCGCUCCCCACGCUUCAAGCAGCACAGCAACACGACAUGCCUCUCGCUCCCCACGCUUCAAGCAGCACAGCAACACGACAUGCCUCUCGCUCCCCACGCUUCAAGCAGCACAGCAACACGACAUGCCUCUCGCUCCCCACGCUUCAAGCAGCACAGCAACACGACAUGCCUCUCGCUCCCCACGCUUCAAGCAGCACAGCAACACGACAUGCCUCUCGCUCCCCACGCUUCAAGCAGCACAGCAACACGACAUGCCUCUCGCUCCCCACGCUUCAAGCAGCACAGCAACACGACAUGCCUCUCGCUCCCCACGCUUCAAGCAGCACAGCAACACGACAUGCCUCUCGCUCCCCACGCUUCAAGCAGCACAGCAACACGACAUGCCUCUCGCUCCCCACGCUUCAAGCAGCACAGCAACACGACAUGCCUCUCGCUCCCCACGCUUCAAGCAGCACAGCAACACGACAUGCCUCUCGCUCCCCACGCUUCAAGCAGCACAGCAACACGACAUGCCUCUCGCUCCCCACGCUUCAAGCAGCACAGCAACACGACAUGCCUCUCGCUCCCCACGCUUCAAGCAGCACAGCAACACGACAUGCCUCUCGCUCCCCACGCUUCAAGCAGCACAGCAACACGACAUGCCUCUCGCUCCCCACGCUUCAAGCAGCACAGCAACACGACAUGCCUCUCGCUCCCCACGCUUCAAGCAGCACAGCAACACGACAUGCCUCUCGCUCCCCACGCUUCAAGCAGCACAGCAACACGACAUGCCUCUCGCUCCCCACGCUUCAAGCAGCACAGCAACACGACAUGCCUCUCGCUCCCCACGCUUCAAGCAGCACAGCAACACGACAUGCCUCUCGCUCCCCACGCUUCAAGCAGCACAGCAACACGACAUGCCUCUCGCUCCCCACGCUUCAAGCAGCACAGCAACACGACAUGCCUCUCGCUCCCCACGCUUCAAGCAGCACAGCAACACGACAUGCCUCUCGCUCCCCACGCUUCAAGCAGCACAGCAACACGACAUGCCUCUCGCUCCCCACGCUUCAAGCAGCACAGCAACACGACAUGCCUCUCGCUCCCCACGCUUCAAGCAGCACAGCAACACGACAUGCCUCUCGCUCCCCACGCUUCAAGCAGCACAGCAACACGACAUGCCUCUCGCUCCCCACGCUUCAAGCAGCACAGCAACACGACAUGCCUCUCGCUCCCCACGCUUCAAGCAGCACAGCAACACGACAUGCCUCUCGCUCCCCACGCUUCAAGCAGCACAGCAACACGACAUGCCUCUCGCUCCCCACGCUUCAAGCAGCACAGCAACACGACAUGCCUCUCGCUCCCCACGCUUCAAGCAGCACAGCAACACGACAUGCCUCUCGCUCCCCACGCUUCAAGCAGCACAGCAACACGACAUGCCUCUCGCUCCCCACGCUUCAAGCAGCACAGCAACACGACAUGCCUCUCGCUCCCCACGCUUCAAGCAGCACAGCAACACGACAUGCCUCUCGCUCCCCACGCUUCAAGCAGCACAGCAACACGACAUGCCUCUCGCUCCCCACGCUUCAAGCAGCACAGCAACACGACAUGCCUCUCGCUCCCCACGCUUCAAGCAGCACAGCAACACGACAUGCCUCUCGCUCCCCACGCUUCAAGCAGCACAGCAACACGACAUGCCUCUCGCUCCCCACGCUUCAAGCAGCACAGCAACACGACAUGCCUCUCGCUCCCCACGCUUCAAGCAGCACAGCAACACGACAUGCCUCUCGCUCCCCACGCUUCAAGCAGCACAGCAACACGACAUGCCUCUCGCUCCCCACGCUUCAAGCAGCACAGCAACACGACAUGCCUCUCGCUCCCCACGCUUCAAGCAGCACAGCAACACGACAUGCCUCUCGCUCCCCACGCUUCAAGCAGCACAGCAACACGACAUGCCUCUCGCUCCCCACGCUUCAAGCAGCACAGCAACACGACAUGCCUCUCGCUCCCCACGCUUCAAGCAGCACAGCAACACGACAUGCCUCUCGCUCCCCACGCUUCAAGCAGCACAGCAACACGACAUGCCUCUCGCUCCCCACGCUUCAAGCAGCACAGCAACACGACAUGCCUCUCGCUCCCCACGCUUCAAGCAGCACAGCAACACGACAUGCCUCUCGCUCCCCACGCUUCAAGCAGCACAGCAACACGACAUGCCUCUCGCUCCCCACGCUUCAAGCAGCACAGCAACACGACAUGCCUCUCGCUCCCCACGCUUCAAGCAGCACAGCAACACGACAUGCCUCUCGCUCCCCACGCUUCAAGCAGCACAGCAACACGACAUGCCUCUCGCUCCCCACGCUUCAAGCAGCACAGCAACACGACAUGCCUCUCGCUCCCCACGCUUCAAGCAGCACAGCAACACGACAUGCCUCUCGCUCCCCACGCUUCAAGCAGCACAGCAACACGACAUGCCUCUCGCUCCCCACGCUUCAAGCAGCACAGCAACACGACAUGCCUCUCGCUCCCCACGCUUCAAGCAGCACAGCAACACGACAUGCCUCUCGCUCCCCACGCUUCAAGCAGCACAGCAACACGACAUGCCUCUCGCUCCCCACGCUUCAAGCAGCACAGCAACACGACAUGCCUCUCGCUCCCCACGCUUCAAGCAGCACAGCAACACGACAUGCCUCUCGCUCCCCACGCUUCAAGCAGCACAGCAACACGACAUGCCUCUCGCUCCCCACGCUUCAAGCAGCACAGCAACACGACAUGCCUCUCGCUCCCCACGCUUCAAGCAGCACAGCAACACGACAUGCCUCUCGCUCCCCACGCUUCAAGCAGCACAGCAACACGACAUGCCUCUCGCUCCCCACGCUUCAAGCAGCACAGCAACACGACAUGCCUCUCGCUCCCCACGCUUCAAGCAGCACAGCAACACGACAUGCCUCUCGCUCCCCACGCUUCAAGCAGCACAGCAACACGACAUGCCUCUCGCUCCCCACGCUUCAAGCAGCACAGCAACACGACAUGCCUCUCGCUCCCCACGCUUCAAGCAGCACAGCAACACGACAUGCCUCUCGCUCCCCACGCUUCAAGCAGCACAGCAACACGACAUGCCUCUCGCUCCCCACGCUUCAAGCAGCACAGCAACACGACAUGCCUCUCGCUCCCCACGCUUCAAGCAGCACAGCAACACGACAUGCCUCUCGCUCCCCACGCUUCAAGCAGCACAGCAACACGACAUGCCUCUCGCUCCCCACGCUUCAAGCAGCACAGCAACACGACAUGCCUCUCGCUCCCCACGCUUCAAGCAGCACAGCAACACGACAUGCCUCUCGCUCCCCACGCUUCAAGCAGCACAGCAACACGACAUGCCUCUCGCUCCCCACGCUUCAAGCAGCACAGCAACACGACAUGCCUCUCGCUCCCCACGCUUCAAGCAGCACAGCAACACGACAUGCCUCUCGCUCCCCACGCUUCAAGCAGCACAGCAACACGACAUGCCUCUCGCUCCCCACGCUUCAAGCAGCACAGCAACACGACAUGCCUCUCGCUCCCCACGCUUCAAGCAGCACAGCAACACGACAUGCCUCUCGCUCCCCACGCUUCAAGCAGCACAGCAACACGACAUGCCUCUCGCUCCCCACGCUUCAAGCAGCACAGCAACACGACAUGCCUCUCGCUCCCCACGCUUCAAGCAGCACAGCAACACGACAUGCCUCUCGCUCCCCACGCUUCAAGCAGCACAGCAACACGACAUGCCUCUCGCUCCCCACGCUUCAAGCAGCACAGCAACACGACAUGCCUCUCGCUCCCCACGCUUCAAGCAGCACAGCAACACGACAUGCCUCUCGCUCCCCACGCUUCAAGCAGCACAGCAACACGACAUGCCUCUCGCUCCCCACGCUUCAAGCAGCACAGCAACACGACAUGCCUCUCGCUCCCCACGCUUCAAGCAGCACAGCAACACGACAUGCCUCUCGCUCCCCACGCUUCAAGCAGCACAGCAACACGACAUGCCUCUCGCUCCCCACGCUUCAAGCAGCACAGCAACACGACAUGCCUCUCGCUCCCCACGCUUCAAGCAGCACAGCAACACGACAUGCCUCUCGCUCCCCACGCUUCAAGCAGCACAGCAACACGACAUGCCUCUCGCUCCCCACGCUUCAAGCAGCACAGCAACACGACAUGCCUCUCGCUCCCCACGCUUCAAGCAGCACAGCAACACGACAUGCCUCUCGCUCCCCACGCUUCAAGCAGCACAGCAACACGACAUGCCUCUCGCUCCCCACGCUUCAAGCAGCACAGCAACACGACAUGCCUCUCGCUCCCCACGCUUCAAGCAGCACAGCAACACGACAUGCCUCUCGCUCCCCACGCUUCAAGCAGCACAGCAACACGACAUGCCUCUCGCUCCCCACGCUUCAAGCAGCACAGCAACACGACAUGCCUCUCGCUCCCCACGCUUCAAGCAGCACAGCAACACGACAUGCCUCUCGCUCCCCACGCUUCAAGCAGCACAGCAACACGACAUGCCUCUCGCUCCCCACGCUUCAAGCAGCACAGCAACACGACAUGCCUCUCGCUCCCCACGCUUCAAGCAGCACAGCAACACGACAUGCCUCUCGCUCCCCACGCUUCAAGCAGCACAGCAACACGACAUGCCUCUCGCUCCCCACGCUUCAAGCAGCACAGCAACACGACAUGCCUCUCGCUCCCCACGCUUCAAGCAGCACAGCAACACGACAUGCCUCUCGCUCCCCACGCUUCAAGCAGCACAGCAACACGACAUGCCUCUCGCUCCCCACGCUUCAAGCAGCACAGCAACACGACAUGCCUCUCGCUCCCCACGCUUCAAGCAGCACAGCAACACGACAUGCCUCUCGCUCCCCACGCUUCAAGCAGCACAGCAACACGACAUGCCUCUCGCUCCCCACGCUUCAAGCAGCACAGCAACACGACAUGCCUCUCGCUCCCCACGCUUCAAGCAGCACAGCAACACGACAUGCCUCUCGCUCCCCACGCUUCAAGCAGCACAGCAACACGACAUGCCUCUCGCUCCCCACGCUUCAAGCAGCACAGCAACACGACAUGCCUCUCGCUCCCCACGCUUCAAGCAGCACAGCAACACGACAUGCCUCUCGCUCCCCACGCUUCAAGCAGCACAGCAACACGACAUGCCUCUCGCUCCCCACGCUUCAAGCAGCACAGCAACACGACAUGCCUCUCGCUCCCCACGCUUCAAGCAGCACAGCAACACGACAUGCCUCUCGCUCCCCACGCUUCAAGCAGCACAGCAACACGACAUGCCUCUCGCUCCCCACGCUUCAAGCAGCACAGCAACACGACAUGCCUCUCGCUCCCCACGCUUCAAGCAGCACAGCAACACGACAUGCCUCUCGCUCCCCACGCUUCAAGCAGCACAGCAACACGACAUGCCUCUCGCUCCCCACGCUUCAAGCAGCACAGCAACACGACAUGCCUCUCGCUCCCCACGCUUCAAGCAGCACAGCAACACGACAUGCCUCUCGCUCCCCACGCUUCAAGCAGCACAGCAACACGACAUGCCUCUCGCUCCCCACGCUUCAAGCAGCACAGCAACACGACAUGCCUCUCGCUCCCCACGCUUCAAGCAGCACAGCAACACGACAUGCCUCUCGCUCCCCACGCUUCAAGCAGCACAGCAACACGACAUGCCUCUCGCUCCCCACGCUUCAAGCAGCACAGCAACACGACAUGCCUCUCGCUCCCCACGCUUCAAGCAGCACAGCAACACGACAUGCCUCUCGCUCCCCACGCUUCAAGCAGCACAGCAACACGACAUGCCUCUCGCUCCCCACGCUUCAAGCAGCACAGCAACACGACAUGCCUCUCGCUCCCCACGCUUCAAGCAGCACAGCAACACGACAUGCCUCUCGCUCCCCACGCUUCAAGCAGCACAGCAACACGACAUGCCUCUCGCUCCCCACGCUUCAAGCAGCACAGCAACACGACAUGCCUCUCGCUCCCCACGCUUCAAGCAGCACAGCAACACGACAUGCCUCUCGCUCCCCACGCUUCAAGCAGCACAGCAACACGACAUGCCUCUCGCUCCCCACGCUUCAAGCAGCACAGCAACACGACAUGCCUCUCGCUCCCCACGCUUCAAGCAGCACAGCAACACGACAUGCCUCUCGCUCCCCACGCUUCAAGCAGCACAGCAACACGACAUGCCUCUCGCUCCCCACGCUUCAAGCAGCACAGCAACACGACAUGCCUCUCGCUCCCCACGCUUCAAGCAGCACAGCAACACGACAUGCCUCUCGCUCCCCACGCUUCAAGCAGCACAGCAACACGACAUGCCUCUCGCUCCCCACGCUUCAAGCAGCACAGCAACACGACAUGCCUCUCGCUCCCCACGCUUCAAGCAGCACAGCAACACGACAUGCCUCUCGCUCCCCACGCUUCAAGCAGCACAGCAACACGACAUGCCUCUCGCUCCCCACGCUUCAAGCAGCACAGCAACACGACAUGCCUCUCGCUCCCCACGCUUCAAGCAGCACAGCAACACGACAUGCCUCUCGCUCCCCACGCUUCAAGCAGCACAGCAACACGACAUGCCUCUCGCUCCCCACGCUUCAAGCAGCACAGCAACACGACAUGCCUCUCGCUCCCCACGCUUCAAGCAGCACAGCAACACGACAUGCCUCUCGCUCCCCACGCUUCAAGCAGCACAGCAACACGACAUGCCUCUCGCUCCCCACGCUUCAAGCAGCACAGCAACACGACAUGCCUCUCGCUCCCCACGCUUCAAGCAGCACAGCAACACGACAUGCCUCUCGCUCCCCACGCUUCAAGCAGCACAGCAACACGACAUGCCUCUCGCUCCCCACGCUUCAAGCAGCACAGCAACACGACAUGCCUCUCGCUCCCCACGCUUCAAGCAGCACAGCAACACGACAUGCCUCUCGCUCCCCACGCUUCAAGCAGCACAGCAACACGACAUGCCUCUCGCUCCCCACGCUUCAAGCAGCACAGCAACACGACAUGCCUCUCGCUCCCCACGCUUCAAGCAGCACAGCAACACGACAUGCCUCUCGCUCCCCACGCUUCAAGCAGCACAGCAACACGACAUGCCUCUCGCUCCCCACGCUUCAAGCAGCACAGCAACACGACAUGCCUCUCGCUCCCCACGCUUCAAGCAGCACAGCAACACGACAUGCCUCUCGCUCCCCACGCUUCAAGCAGCACAGCAACACGACAUGCCUCUCGCUCCCCACGCUUCAAGCAGCACAGCAACACGACAUGCCUCUCGCUCCCCACGCUUCAAGCAGCACAGCAACACGACAUGCCUCUCGCUCCCCACGCUUCAAGCAGCACAGCAACACGACAUGCCUCUCGCUCCCCACGCUUCAAGCAGCACAGCAACACGACAUGCCUCUCGCUCCCCACGCUUCAAGCAGCACAGCAACACGACAUGCCUCUCGCUCCCCACGCUUCAAGCAGCACAGCAACACGACAUGCCUCUCGCUCCCCACGCUUCAAGCAGCACAGCAACACGACAUGCCUCUCGCUCCCCACGCUUCAAGCAGCACAGCAACACGACAUGCCUCUCGCUCCCCACGCUUCAAGCAGCACAGCAACACGACAUGCCUCUCGCUCCCCACGCUUCAAGCAGCACAGCAACACGACAUGCCUCUCGCUCCCCACGCUUCAAGCAGCACAGCAACACGACAUGCCUCUCGCUCCCCACGCUUCAAGCAGCACAGCAACACGACAUGCCUCUCGCUCCCCACGCUUCAAGCAGCACAGCAACACGACAUGCCUCUCGCUCCCCACGCUUCAAGCAGCACAGCAACACGACAUGCCUCUCGCUCCCCACGCUUCAAGCAGCACAGCAACACGACAUGCCUCUCGCUCCCCACGCUUCAAGCAGCACAGCAACACGACAUGCCUCUCGCUCCCCACGCUUCAAGCAGCACAGCAACACGACAUGCCUCUCGCUCCCCACGCUUCAAGCAGCACAGCAACACGACAUGCCUCUCGCUCCCCACGCUUCAAGCAGCACAGCAACACGACAUGCCUCUCGCUCCCCACGCUUCAAGCAGCACAGCAACACGACAUGCCUCUCGCUCCCCACGCUUCAAGCAGCACAGCAACACGACAUGCCUCUCGCUCCCCACGCUUCAAGCAGCACAGCAACACGACAUGCCUCUCGCUCCCCACGCUUCAAGCAGCACAGCAACACGACAUGCCUCUCGCUCCCCACGCUUCAAGCAGCACAGCAACACGACAUGCCUCUCGCUCCCCACGCUUCAAGCAGCACAGCAACACGACAUGCCUCUCGCUCCCCACGCUUCAAGCAGCACAGCAACACGACAUGCCUCUCGCUCCCCACGCUUCAAGCAGCACAGCAACACGACAUGCCUCUCGCUCCCCACGCUUCAAGCAGCACAGCAACACGACAUGCCUCUCGCUCCCCACGCUUCAAGCAGCACAGCAACACGACAUGCCUCUCGCUCCCCACGCUUCAAGCAGCACAGCAACACGACAUGCCUCUCGCUCCCCACGCUUCAAGCAGCACAGCAACACGACAUGCCUCUCGCUCCCCACGCUUCAAGCAGCACAGCAACACGACAUGCCUCUCGCUCCCCACGCUUCAAGCAGCACAGCAACACGACAUGCCUCUCGCUCCCCACGCUUCAAGCAGCACAGCAACACGACAUGCCUCUCGCUCCCCACGCUUCAAGCAGCACAGCAACACGACAUGCCUCUCGCUCCCCACGCUUCAAGCAGCACAGCAACACGACAUGCCUCUCGCUCCCCACGCUUCAAGCAGCACAGCAACACGACAUGCCUCUCGCUCCCCACGCUUCAAGCAGCACAGCAACACGACAUGCCUCUCGCUCCCCACGCUUCAAGCAGCACAGCAACACGACAUGCCUCUCGCUCCCCACGCUUCAAGCAGCACAGCAACACGACAUGCCUCUCGCUCCCCACGCUUCAAGCAGCACAGCAACACGACAUGCCUCUCGCUCCCCACGCUUCAAGCAGCACAGCAACACGACAUGCCUCUCGCUCCCCACGCUUCAAGCAGCACAGCAACACGACAUGCCUCUCGCUCCCCACGCUUCAAGCAGCACAGCAACACGACAUGCCUCUCGCUCCCCACGCUUCAAGCAGCACAGCAACACGACAUGCCUCUCGCUCCCCACGCUUCAAGCAGCACAGCAACACGACAUGCCUCUCGCUCCCCACGCUUCAAGCAGCACAGCAACACGACAUGCCUCUCGCUCCCCACGCUUCAAGCAGCACAGCAACACGACAUGCCUCUCGCUCCCCACGCUUCAAGCAGCACAGCAACACGACAUGCCUCUCGCUCCCCACGCUUCAAGCAGCACAGCAACACGACAUGCCUCUCGCUCCCCACGCUUCAAGCAGCACAGCAACACGACAUGCCUCUCGCUCCCCACGCUUCAAGCAGCACAGCAACACGACAUGCCUCUCGCUCCCCACGCUUCAAGCAGCACAGCAACACGACAUGCCUCUCGCUCCCCACGCUUCAAGCAGCACAGCAACACGACAUGCCUCUCGCUCCCCACGCUUCAAGCAGCACAGCAACACGACAUGCCUCUCGCUCCCCACGCUUCAAGCAGCACAGCAACACGACAUGCCUCUCGCUCCCCACGCUUCAAGCAGCACAGCAACACGACAUGCCUCUCGCUCCCCACGCUUCAAGCAGCACAGCAACACGACAUGCCUCUCGCUCCCCACGCUUCAAGCAGCACAGCAACACGACAUGCCUCUCGCUCCCCACGCUUCAAGCAGCACAGCAACACGACAUGCCUCUCACUCCCCACGCGUUCCCGCGACUCGCUACCGCCGGGGCGAGGAAGCGCGAGCUGAGCGACGCAGGCGACUUCCAGCGACGGCACUGCGACUCGCCGCGGCGAAUGCAACAGUCGCACAGCCGUCAGCGAUCGCAUGCACGGUGUGAGGCCGCGGCGCCCGCGAAGAUAGAGAUCCGAGGGUUGACGCGGAGGGCGGCGAGCACGGGCGCGCUGAUUCUGGACGGCGUGGCGCUGCGCGUGGCGCGCGGGCAGCUGUUCGGGCUGAUAGGCCCCUCGGGCAGCGGCAAGUCCACGCUGCUGCGCGCCAUCAACCGCCUGUGGGAGCCGACACGUGGCACCGUGUGGGUGGACGGCUGUGACGUCACCACAAUGGACGUGCAGCAGCUGAGACGGCACGUGGGCAUGGUGUUCCAGAGCCCGCACCUCUUCCCCGGCACGGUGGCGGACAACAUGAGGUACGGGCCGGGGCUGCAGGGCGUGGCGGUGGGGGUGGAGGAGCAGCAGAGCCUGCUGCUGCGCGCGGGGCUUGACCCCUCCUCCGACUUCCUGCACCGCGCCGCCCACGAGCUGUCGGGCGGUGAGGCGCAGCGCGUGUCCAUCGCACGCGCGCUCGCCAACUCCCCCCAGGUGCUGCUGCUGGACGAGCCUACCAGCUCACUGGACCCCACGGCCACGCGCAAGGUGGAGGAGACGAUUGAGCGGCUGCGCAGGGAGGAAGGGCUGACGGUGGUGCUGGUGUCGCACAGCAUGCCGCAGAUCGAGCGCGUGGCGGACGUCACCGCACUGCUCAGCCAGGGCCGCGUGGUGGAGGUGGGGCCGCCGGGGGAGCUGCGGGAGAGUGACAAUCCCGAUGUGGCGAGCUUCUUCACUGGGGAGCUCAGCUGA